UUCAUAGAAAAGCAACAUGGUUACACAAUAUUUAACUGUUUUUUUAAAAUCAUUAUUUAAUUAACAAAUGUAGAUGCAUCCCUCUCUGUCUCAGUUGCCAUCACUGCUGUUCUUCUGCUGGUCUGCUGAUUGCAGACAUGGUGGAGUUCAUGACGCAUGAGCAGUUAGGUCAGCAAAUCAAUCAAGAAGAGGGUUUUUAUUGAUAAAGGCCUGUUUUUCCUCAGAGCUCUACUUUGAUUUUUAAUCCCUCCAUGUUAAUAGAUGUGGAGACUUAACACUGUUUGGAUCAGUCAACUAUUCACUCAUGUUUAUUGAUCUGCUUUCUGUUUUCUCCCAAUCUGCCCAUUUUCACAGAUGUUGAGGUCUUGUAAAGCCACGGGCAGUGAUUCUGCUUUGUUGUACACGUUUGGCUGAUUCCACUCUUGCAUCCAGUGUUUUUAGACAUUCAGGAUAUUUCUGGAUCUAAGAAUCUGCUAAUAAGGUAAAUGAGGAUGGUCAUCUUGUUUGUCACUAAUUUGACAAACCAUCUGGGUAUGUUUGAGUGUUGACCACUUACGUCAGUGUCUAUCCUGGUGCUCCGAUGUUAAUCCAUUUCACUUUUACCCCUACGAACGUCAAAGAAAGACUGACAUCCCUAUACGUCUCCAACCCCCUCAUACUCUAUAACCACACACACACACGAGCGCGCGCGCGCCACCACUCCCAUUCCGCCGCCAGACCAUGAAAAACGGAUCAAUUCGGACUGGUCUUUUUCUUCUCCCGGAUCAUCAUCCGCCCACCUCAAUUCUGAUUUGACGAACGUCCUGGGUCACGAUAACGUCGGCCGCUCGGCCUAUAUAAGCACCAGAAAGUUUUCCAAACACCCAGCAAAACGUAAAGUCGGCCACUCACUAAGAGCAGACAAGAAAAAGCGCGCUGCUUUCCUUUGCGUAAAUCAAAGUGCCAAGACGGUUCCAGACAUGGAGAGGUCAGUCAGGUUUGCCGUGGUGUGCGUCGGGGUGUCUCUGCUCAUCUCCUGCCAUCCAGUCGAAGCCUGGUACAAGCAGUCGACCGGGCCCAGUUACUACUCGGUGGGUCGCGCCUCCGGUUUGCUGUCCGGUAUCAGGAGGUCGCCGUACGUCCGGAGGUCCGAGUCUGAAGAGACGCUGAUGGACAGCGGGGAGACAGCAGGUAACAACGUGAUCCCAGAGACUAACAGGCAGAUCUCCAUCCUCAAAAGCAUGGCCAUCUGCGUGAAGGACAUCUCUCCAAACCUGAAGAGCUGCGAGCUGCUGCGGGAUGGGACGGGCACGUUCCAGUGCAAAGCGGACGUCUUCCUCACCCUGGACUCCCUGGACUGUCUGUCCGCGUGAGUCCCGGUUCGGACCGGCAGAGAAAGUCCUCCUCGUCCUCCUCCACCCGAGCCCCGGGAGCGCCUCUCUGGAAACCCGAAAAAAAAAAAAAAGAUUAAGGAAAGGAAUGAAAGGGGGAUGGAUGAUGAGUGUGUUGGGGUUCGGGGGUGAUGGCGCAGAGGAAAAAAAUCCGAUCAUUAUCGAUGAUGGACCGCUGCAGACUCUGAAUGUUCGCUCUUAUUUGAAAAAAAAAAAACACAAACAUUGUUCAGUUUUGCUUUGGUUGAGUAAACAGGAGUAUAAAAGAAAAAAAAAAAUCAGUGCGAGAGAUGUUAGUUGAAACCACUUUCUUUUCAGAUGAUCUCCCGUCUUUACUGUUUAACCCCUGACAUGUACUCGCCGUUACCAACAUGUAUUAAAUGUUCAGAAAGUUGACUGCAGAGCAAUUUCCUGGAAAGUACUUUUAUUUAUUUUAUCUAUUAAAAUGAACAAACACUGGUAA